AUCCUUUUCUUUCUCCCAGAAAUUUCUUCAUUGCUGCAACUGGCAACUGCAUUGCUGCAACCCAAUGUCUGCCACUUCCAGUGCUUUCCAUUUUCGUGGUCUUUCCCCUGCCUCUUGUCAUGUUUUUCUUGUAACUUGUUUAUCAUUCUAGUCCAAACGAGAUGGAAAAUUUGACCCAGCCUUCUCCUACUUUCACUUCCACUCUUAGUGACGUAUUAGUUGCUUAAGCUUGCACAUUCAUUUUAAACAUGUCAGGAGCAAACUGAGAUAAAGGUUACAUAAAGGAAACCUAAUCCCGUGUCCCUCUUCACAAGCUUGCUAUAUAUAACCAUUCCUUUGAGACUUGACCCUGCCAUAAGUUUAACAGCCUCUAUUGUUAGCUGUACCCUUGAGGAUUCAAACAACUAAGAUGUCAUUGUCCUGCACCAAAAACUUCUUCCAACGGUUCUGUAUUGAUGAAUUUCAAAUGGGCAGUGAUAUUCAUGGCAGUUUCUUCUCAAGUGAUCUCCUUCCAUCACUUGGGGCCAGAAUUAACCAGGCGACCAAGCUACGUAAAUACAUAAUUUCCCCUUUCAACCCUCAUUAUAGGGCUUGGGAGAUGUGGCUGGUUGUUCUAGUCAUUUACUCUGCCUGGAUCUGUCCAUUCGAGUUCGCAUUCCUAACUUACAAGAAAGAUGCACUUUUCAUUGUUGACAACAUUGUCAAUGGCUUCUUUGCUAUUGACAUCAUACUCACCUUCUUUGUUGCAUACCUCGACAGCCAAUCUUAUCUCCUUGUUGAUGAUCCCAAGAAGAUUGCCAUCAGGUACAUAUCCACCUGGUUUGCUUUCGAUGUUUGUUCCACUGUCCCAUUUCAGUAUCUCAGCAUCCUGCUCACAGAUAAUGGCAGUGAACUCUGGCUCAGGCUACUCAACAUGCUCAGACUCUGGCGUCUGAGACGAGUCAGCUCCCUGUUUGCAAGACUCGAGAAAGACAUCCGUUUCAACUACUUCUGGACGCGGUGCACCAAGCUCAUUUCUGUGACCCUGUUUGCUGUACAUUGUGCCGGAUGCUUUAACUAUCUGAUUGCAGAUAGAUACCCUGAUCCUUCGAAAACCUGGAUUGGUGCAGUAUACCCAAAUUUCAAAAAUUACAGCCUCUGGGACAGAUAUGUGACUUCAAUUUACUGGUCCAUUACAACGCUCACUACAACUGGUUAUGGGGACUUGCAUGCUGAGAAUCCAAGAGAGAUGCUAUUUGAUAUUUUUUACAUGUUGUUUAAUUUGGGAUUAACGGCUUACCUCAUCGGGAACAUGACAAACCUGGUAGUUCACUGGACAAGUCGGACCCGUAAUUUUAGGGAUACAGUCAGAGCUGCUUCUGAAUUUGUGACACGAAAUCAGUUGCCCACCAACAUACAAGAUCAAAUGUUAUCACACAUAUGCUUAAGAUUCAGAACAGAAGGAUUGAAGCAACAAGAGACCCUAAAUAGUUUGCCAAAAGCAAUUCGCUCAAGCAUUGCACAGCAUCUCUUCUUCCACAUUGUGCAGAAAGUCUAUCUCUUCCAAGGGGUUUCUCAUGACUUCCUCUUUCAGCUGGUUUCAGAAAUGGAGGCUGAGUAUUUCCCACCCAGAGAAGAUGUCAUUCUGCAGAAUGAAGCCCCAACAGAUCUUUACAUACUUGUCUCAGGAGCAGUUAACUUACUCUCCCAUGCCGAUGGGCAUAAUCGGGUUAUAGGAAAGGUAGCCGCAGGGGAUAUGUUUGGGGAGAUUGGAGUUCUAUGUUAUAGGCCACAGCCAUACACAGUUCGGACCACUGAGCUUUGUCAAAUACUACGUCUGAAUGGAACUUCAUUGAUGAACACCGUACAAGUAAAUAUGGAAGAUGGACGAGUUAUAAUGCAUAAUCUUUUCAUGAAUUUGAACGCGCUAGAGAGCAGCAGCUUUGACCAGCCCAACUUAGAUCCAGGUUUGAUCCACAAUGAAAGGCUUGGGGGAGGAGCUAUGGGAGUAAGCUGUUUGAGUGCUGGAUUUAAAGAUCAGCCAGAGAGAUAUGCAUCAAAGAAAGAAGCAAUAGACAUGGAUAUCCUGGGAUCAGAGGCUAUAGAGGAGAGUCAAACUGGUAGAUCUCCAAUGUGCAGAAUUUCAACAACAGAGGAUGGCCAAACAGCUGUCAAUGAUGCCGUUCGCAAGGGGCAUAUUGAAAUGGUUAAGAUUUUGCUUGAAGGAGGAGCAAGUGUAAAUAAACCAGAUGCAAGAGGAUGGACGCCGAAAGCAUUGGCAGAACAGCAGGGAAACAAGAGCAUACAUGAGCUCUUACUGAGUUAUGAAAACAGAAGGAAAUUAGAUGAACAUAGGAUAGAGGUUAUUGGGCCAGAAACAGCAGAUGACACCAAGAAUAGUCAAAGCAAAUAUAGAAGUGGGGCCCAAAAUUUCUUCAGUUUACCCAGUUAUAGAGAGGUUAUAACACCAACCAAGACAAGAGUUACUAUUCACAUGCAGUUUCAAAGCAGCAGUACAUCAAGUACACAGCUUGGAAAGUUGAUACUCCUACCUGAUUCAAUACAAGGGCUGCUCAGAAUGGCUGGGGAAAAGUUUGGAGGCUACACGUUUACAAAGGUCAUUAAUGCUGAGAAUGCAGAAAUAGAUGAUAUAAACGUCAUUCGAGAUGGUGAUAACCUGUUUCUCCUUCAAGAUGAAGAUGAAAAUGUAGAUUUCAAUGUGACCAGAUGAUAAUAAAAUGCCAAUUAUGUAUA